AUGAGUAUCAAUAGGAGUGAGGAAAAGUCCAUUCUCACCAAACCACCUUCUUCCAACAAGGCCUUGCACGAGCCUUUGCUGAUCAACUCCAAAACAUCGGACGAUGAAAGCGAGGAUCUAUUAACUGGAGGAAACCUCCAAACCUACAAUACUGAUAAUGGUACUUUCAAUACUCCAAGAGCACCGAAGCACGAUUUGAAAUCAACAACAAGAGUGAUCUAUGUCAAUGACCACGUUGCUAAUCAACCUUUCAAAUUCCCAAAGAAUGACAUCAAAACAACAAAGUAUACUUAUUUGAAUUUUAUAUUUAAAAACUUGUGGGAACAAUUUCAUCGUUUCGCAAAUUGUUACUUUUUGGUAAUUGCCAUUUUACAGUUGAUUCCCACUCUAUCACCAACUGGUCAAUUUACCACGUUUAUUCCGUUGGGAAUGGUUUUGAUAUUUACCAUGAUGAAGGACGCAUAUGAAGACAUUAGAAGACGUUAUUCUGACAACAUUACAAACAAGAGAAUUGCCCACGUUUUGAGGGAUGGAGCGUUUGUUGAUGUAUUUUGGAAGGAUGUACAGACUGGUGACAUUGUUAGAGUGUGCAAUAAGGAGCCUUUCCCUUGUGAUUUGAUUGUAAUAUCUAGCAGCGAACAUCAAGGUAUUUGUUACAUUGAAACAUCGAGUCUUGAUGGAGAGACCAACUUGAAAAUUAGAAGAUCAAGACAUGAAACUAUGGACAUGAUUUCACCAAAUGUUUUAGAAAAUACUCGAAUGACAUUGGAAUCUGAAAAGCCAAACAAUCGAUUGUACAAAUUUGAGGGAACUCUUAUCAUGCAUAACGGAAAGAAACUUUCAUUGGAUCCCGAACAAGUAUGCUUGAGAGGCUCCUCUUUAAGAAAUACGGAUUUCAUCAUUGGUAUCGCUGUGUUUACAGGUCAUGACACCAAGCUUAUGAUGAACACCAAGGAAACACCUCACAAAACAAGUAGAAUUGAAAGAAUGACUAACAAACUUGUUUUGCUAGUUCUUGCUUUAGAAAUUACUCUCAUUGUAAUUUGCGACAUUUGUCUCAUGAUUUGGACAGCCAACAAUGGAAAAAUGUGGUAUUUAUUUAAGAGUUUCACUGUCAAUGCAAAUGAAGUUGCAUGGAUUGGGUUUAAGGGAUUUUGGACUUUCCUUAUUUUGUUGAACAACUUGAUCCCUAUUUCUUUGUAUGUGUCUAUUGAGGCUGCCAAGCUUGUCCAAGGUAUCAUUAUUAGCAAAGAUUUACAAAUGUACCAUGAAGACACAGAUACUCCAGCAAACGUUAGGUCUUCGGCACUAAAUGAAGAAUUGGGUCAAGUUAAUUUCAUUUUCUCUGAUAAGACUGGUACUUUAACUGAAAACAAGAUGGACUUUAUGAAAUGUUCGGUUGCAGGAGAACUUUAUGGCACCGGUGUCACUGAAAUUGCGCUUGCAGCUGCCAAGAGAGAAGGAAAAACCAUUGUUGACAAUAGACCACCUCAUGUCAAGAAUAAUCCAAAUUUCCAAUUUUAUGACGAAAGACUAACCAAUGGUGUUUGGCAAAAGGGAGCAAGUAGAGCUGUUAUUGAAGAUUUCUUGCGACUUCUUGCUGUUUGUCACACUGUCAUUCCCGAACGAGGAAAGGGACAAGAAAUUAUUUAUCAAGCUUCAUCUCCAGACGAAGCAGCUCUAGUUAAAGCAGCCAAAUAUUUGGGAGUAGAAUUUAUCGCAAGAACUCCAAAUGAAGUCACAAUUAGAUUAAGUGGCGUUGAUGAAACUUAUCAAGUACUUGACAUUAUUGAAUUUUCAAGCGACAGAAAACGUCAAUCUGUGAUUGUUCGAGAUCCUCAAGGAAAGCUCAUCUUGUUGUGUAAAGGAGCAGAUUCUGUUCUAUACCCACUUCUCAAACAACCACAAGCCUAUGGAGACAUUACUUUGAAACACCUCGAAGUAAUGGGUACAGAAGGUUUGAGAACUCUAUUGUGUGCUAAAGCUUACCUUGACGAGGCAGAGUAUGAACAGUGGCAUAGAGAAUAUGAAGAAGCCAAAACUUCCCUUGAAGACAGAACGGCCAAAGUAGAAUCAACAGCAGCCAAGAUUGAAAAGAAUAUGGAAUUAGUUGGCGCAACAGGUAUUGAAGAUAAGCUGCAAAGUGGAGUUGCGGACACUAUCUAUGAGUUGGGUAAUGCUGGAAUCAAAAUUUGGGUUCUCACAGGCGACAAACUUGAAACAGCUAUCAAUAUUGGUUUUGCUUGUGAUUUGUUAAAUUCUUCAAUGAGCAUUCUUAUCGUAGAAGGUCACACCUAUUCAGAUAUUAAGGAAUUUUUGGAGACAAGUUUGAAUGCUGCUAAUAAUGCAAAGGAAAGUGAAGACGUACUCGGUUUAGUUGUGGAUGGAGAACGAUUGCAUUCCAUCUUGGAAGACCAUACCUUGAGAGAAGUAUUUUUGCAACUUGCUGUCAAAUGUAAAUCUGUGGUGUGUUGCCGUGUAUCUCCAAAACAAAAAGCUGAUGUUGUUCUAUUGGUCAAGCAAAACGUAGACAGUAUUACACUUGCAAUUGGUGACGGAGCAAAUGAUGUUUCCAUGAUUCAAUCAGCUCAUGUUGGUAUUGGUAUCAGCGGUGUUGAAGGUCUUCAAGCUGCAAACUCCUCAGACUAUUCUAUUGGUCAGUUCCGUUUCCUCAAAAGAUUACUUCUCGUUCAUGGUAGAUGGAGCUAUAGACGUGUUUCAAAACUUGUUCUUUACUGUUUUUACAAGAACAGUAUUUUAUAUUUGACACAAUUGUGGUUUGUCUUCUUCAAUGGAUACUCUGGAACAAGUAUCCACGACAGAUGGACCAUCGGUUUGUACAACCUUGUAUUCUCCUGUAUGCCUAUCCUUGUGUUGGCUGUUUUGGACAGAGAUGUUCCUGCAACCGUGGCUGAGAAAUUCCCAGAAUUGUAUUAUCAAGGACACAAGAAUGCAUUCUUCAAUGCAAGAGUAUUUGUUGGAUGGAUUGUGAACUCCAUUUUCCACUCGUUAGUUUGUUUCUUUGUGCCAUUCUUUUGCCUUGUUGGAGCCAAGUUCCCAGAUGGACAAGACAUCGACACUUACAGUAUUGGUAUUGUGGUUUAUUCAUGUGUUUUAGUGGUUAUUACCAUUAAGAUUGCAUUGGAAACGUCAUCAUGGACAUGGAUGCACGUUCUAUUCUAUAUUGGAAGUCUGUUGAGUUGGCCACUGUUCAUCUUCAUUUACGGAUCUCUCUUCUAUGCAUUCCGUUUCCCAUAUCCAGUUUUGAAAGAAUUUUAUGACAUUUUACAGGAAUACCGAAUUUUCCUUACUCCACACUUUUGGAUCGUUUUGAUGGUAACCGUUGCUCUUUGUUGUUUACGUGACGUUUUCUGGAAAUUCUGGGUUAGAAUUCAAUCUAGAAAACUUUACUAUGAAGUCCAAGCUGCACACGACAAGAAAUCAAGAGAAGAAAUUAUGCAACACUUCCCAUUCGAAGAAGGUUUGCCUGUCACUAUCAAGCGAAAGAAGCGCUCACCACUUGAAGCUCAAAAUCUCAAGAAGUUCUUCACCAACAUUACCAAACCUGGUGAAUACCGUGGUUUUGCUUUCUCUCAAACAGAAAACCAACAAAAUCUCAUUUCAGAAUAUUAUGGAGACAAAGAGACCAAGUAA